AUGGAUGGACGUUGCGGCUACAGCCGGCCAGAAGUACCGGCGACGGAUAGCCGUGCCGACGUUUCUCCGAACGAUUCCCGGAGCCGAUCCCGGCGUGCCAAGCUCGGCGACGACGAAAGCUCCCUCGCUCAACUACCCGGAACUAGAUAUGUCGAUUGUACAUUGGAACUUACGCUGAGUAAUAGUGCUUGCUUCGCCCCCAACCCUAGCCUUGACUCCUCGCUUGACGCCACACCAACAGUACACGAUGCCGGGAGUUCCAUCAAACAAGGCGUGUGCCAGCGCUGCACCAAUGCCGGAGUUGAAUGCCCGGGAUAUGUCCAAACUCGGAAGUUCAUCGAUCAAGGUGCCUCUGUUCGGCGUCGAUAUGCCCCAUAUCAGGAAAGUAAUCCCAGAAGGGAUGCUUCGCAUAGUCCAAAUAAAGUGACGAGAGAUAGUCCGUCCAAUAUUGAAGGAAGUGCAACUAGAAAUGAUGCUUCGAAGGAGCCCAUACGCACUCAUGUAGCCGAAACAACUGCAGCCGACCAGUCCGCCGAUGCUAGCCAGGCCUUUUUUGCUUCACCCAUAGCGGAUUCAAGACGUCAAAACCAAAUCCAAGCAGACACUCAGCAUGGCUCUGACACUAAUGCUGUUGCUACUGCAGCGCGUGAACAAUCAUUGUCGGGCUUGCAUACUCGUGCCGCUCACGUCUCUCACAGUCAUAGUAGCCCUUUUGACGAUGGACUCCACUCCCACGGGGAUGCGCCCAUGACUUAUCAUGAAGAGCAUGCAGCGGCUCAUGAUAAAUUAUCAUCUCAUGAUGGCCAAUCCGUGCAAAGCGAUAAGGAGGAUUUCCACGAGGUAGUAUCGGAGUUGAUGACCGAUUCUGAGCAUGAGGUAUCCUUUCUUAUACGCCAUUACUCGCAAUACAUCGCCCCAUGGCUGGACCUUUCGGAUAGCAGAAAGUUCUUUACGACCUACGUUCCUAUACGUGCGAUAGACGAUGCUUACCUGCGGUACUCGAUGGCCGCUUUAGCAGCCAAACAUCUGGGCCAGAUGAAGGGCGCAACAUGUCCAGAAAGCAUUGGCAUGUUUACCAGCCCUGCAGUCAUGGAGACGUACUCCAACGCACCAGAAGUGGACUGGUAUCUCAAGGCGGCCAAUUACUACUAUCUAUCUAUUGCGCGCAUGAACUCGAGCAUGCCGGAAUCCUUUGCAGCUCCGUCCAGUUCCGCUGUUCUGGAAGGCCCAGUCGACAUCGUGAACAAUUGGCUGCACCGCCACGCAGAGACUACUCCUCCCUCCGCAACAGAUGAUACUUUAUGGAGGAAGGCAGAGGCCUUGCUAGCCACAGCAACCAUUCUCACGAUGUAUAAGCUCAUCAACGAGCCCGGAGAGAAAUGGAAUUUACAUCUCACCAGCGUCAACUCCCUAUUCGAAUCCGUCCUCCAUCUCUACGGCAACUCCCACAAUGCCCCAAUCAGAUUCCCCCACGGAAUCAACGCCUCAUUCUGGAAUUUCGCUCGACAAGACUACCUAGCUUCCUACUUCAACCGCCUCCCCACCUACUUCGACCCAACAAACUUCCCCCUCUGGCGCGCAGCCGGCCUCUCCAUCACCGAGGCAGGUGAAAUCGACCCAUCAAGCAGCACAUCCUUCCCCACCCCGGAAGACUUCGCCUCCAACAGCCUCACCUACCUCCUAUCCAACCUAACCAACUUCCUCGCCCACUGCCGAACCUCCCAGCUAGACCAACUCAUCACUCACCAAUCACCACCAGCACCACCCACAACAACAACAACAACAACACCCCCCAACCACCCACCAACCUCCACAACCUGGCUCAACAUCUCCGUCUCCUUCCAAUCCUGGGUCGACCGGAUGCCCGAAACAUUCCGCCCAUGCCUACGCCUCCACACUCCCCGCCCGGAAGUCUACUACAGCCUUCCCUCCUGCGCAUCAACAAUGCAGCAAUACCACUUCGGUCGGCUAGCUCUAUGUCUCAAUCGCCCGGCGGACGUAAUCACGAGUCCCACGACUGCGUUCGACCGUCUACAGGGGUACAGGGAGGUCACGAAGGAGGUGGAUUACAGAUGUAAGGAGAUUGUGGGGAUUGCGGCGGCGAGGCCCCAGAGCUGCGCAAGGAUUUAUAUGCCCGCUUUGCUGUUCGCCGCGGGCCAAUGUCUGGAGAAGCAGCCGGAGAGGCAGGUUGUGGAGGAGUUGUUGUGUGGGAUUGGGGCGGAUUUGGGAUGGGAGACGGAUUCGGAGAUUCAGAGGUUGAAGGAUUUGUGGGAGGAGAGUGAAUUGAUUGGUCGAGUGCCGCUGCGGCAGUUGGGCAGAGCCGAAGCUGAAUAA